AUGAUUAAGCAGAUUUCCAAACCACUGAUGGAAAAGAAAAGGAGAGCAAGAAUCAACAACAGCCUGGAGCAGCUGCAAAGUCUUCUUGAAAGCCAAUAUCCCAGAAUUUCCAAACGAAAACUCGAGAAAGCAGACAUUCUGGAAUUAACAGUCAAAUGCCUCGAGCGUCUGCAAAACUCGCACCAAGAUGCCGCAGUCACAAAGCAUCAGAACGUUCACUUGUUCCACGCUGGAUUCCAGUGCUGCGCAGACAGAAUGGACCAGUUUCUGCUGAGAAGCAGACCUGCAAGCCAGGAGCUGCGUUUAGAAUUACGCAGCCAGCUCGCCAGACCCCUCCAGCCCAAGGAACCUCGCCGCUGUACGCUGGACAGCGCCAGUUCCACGGGGAACAAUGGGAAAUUUACCGAGUACCAGGCCGGGUUCAGAAAUUGCUUGAAUGGCGUAAAUCAGUACCUUUUGACGUCAGACAAUUCCAGCAGGAGCGUCCGAUUACUGAAGCACCUGACAAACGUCGUCCCGGGCGCUUGCGGAAUCCCUCGCAGCUUCAGCACCCUGGACAGCAGCGCCGCGCCGCAUGUCCGCGCACUACCCUCAGCAUCGAACUUCCUGCAGCAACAGCACUCCGAGCCAGCUGCAAUGCCGUUCGCUACGCUUUGCAAACCUCACGCUGUCGAAGUGCCCUCUACCUCCGACAAAGCUCUCUCCAGCACAAGUGUAUCAAACGAAACCAUAUUCCUAGCACAGAAUACCAAGCAAAGGGGUACCGGGAAUUUCACCGUGAACGCCCGGGAACAAGCCGGGAACUUGCCUUGCGUUUCAGGACAGUCUAAGCAAAACAAUGCCCAGUAUAAUGUUUGCUCUGCCCCUCUGAAUUUCUGGCGACCCUGGUGA